AUGGCUCUAGAUGUGCCAUCAGUUUCUUCAGGCCUGUCCAUCAGAUAUGAAGUUGACAAAAAUUGCCCUGCAUUCUUUGUGGGAUCGAAAUUCCAGAUCAGCAAAGAUGGAGAGCAUCUACUGUGUGACAACAUAUCCAACAUUGCAGUUGUUGAUGUGUCAACUGGACAAGCUGCUAAGAAAAAUCCUAAUGUAACUGCAACUAUUGAAAACAAGGAUAUUGUGUCUUUACCAGAAAAUGAUGAUGAAGAUGAAGGCCCAGAAGAUGCUUUCAAAAAUGCCAGGAUUGAGAUGGAUGAAGCUGAUGGUGUGACAUCAUUUAAACUUUCUCCUGAUGGUACCAAAUUAAUAAUCGCAACCAAAACACUCCUGUUGAAACUUUAUUCAUGGCCAGACAGAACACUUAUAAAACAAUUUCGUUCAUAUCAUAGAGCUCACAUUACAUGCCUUGACUGGGACCUCUCAUCAACGCUUGUUGUGAGUGGCUCUGCUGAUCAAACUGCUCGUGUUUGGGACACUAGAAGAUCAUGUUCAACUCACAGCCUCAGAGAUACUGUUGGUGUAUUUGGAUGCGUCACUUUUCAUUCAAACUUGCAAGAAAAUCCAUAUGUCUAUGCUGGUGUCAUGACCGUGCUGUGUGCCUGGAAGCUCAGCGCUGGCAGCUCCGAGUUGGUGCACAAGUUUGACAGCGCUCACUUCAUGAACAUAACUUGCAUUGAGGUUACAAGAGAUGGCAAGCAUCUGGUGAGCUGCGGACUGGACCGUAUUGUUAUUUUAUGGAAUGCUGCACCAAUGGAACAAGUCAAGGUGGUGAUGGUGGGUCAGGCAGUGGGAGCUGCUGUCGUCCUACCCAAGACAGAUGAAACUGAAGGUGUCUCAGUCUUACUGGGAGGAGAAACAGGAAAUCUAAGCAUUUGGCGAGUAGACUCAGGAAAAGAAGUACUCCGCACGCCCAAGCCCCUCGUGGAGCCCAUUCCAGGAGAUGAACGAGGCAGCCUUUGCAUCACUGGCAUGAUGCUCUGCCCCGCCCUGAAGUCUGUUGUUGUGUCUUCCUACGACAACAACAUUCUCUUCGUCCACACUGAGCAUCUAAAGCUAUGGAAAAUGUUUUGUGGAUACAAUGAGCAAGUGCUAGCUACAAUUUUUGUCACGUCCCUUCCCGCCAAGAAGAAAAAAGAGAAGAAAGAGAAGUGCAAUGUUGAUGGCGGAGAUCAUUCUUUUCUGGUCGUAGCUACUAACAGCUCUCAGCUGCGCCUGUACCGCCUGAGCGACAUGAGCUGUCGUCUCCUGCACGGCCACACGGACGGCGUCAUGGCGCUGGCCAAGCAUCCGCAUCUCACUGACGUGUUUGCCUCCAGUUCCCGCGAUGAGAGCGUGCGUGUGUGGCGCGUCACGGACGACUUCGACGCCGUGUGCGUGGCUGUGGCGAGCGGCCACACGCACCGCGUCGCUGCCAUCGCACUUGGAAUGGACAUUCUAAUAAGUGGUAGCAAAGACACGUGCAUCAAGCGGUGGCUCAUCAACGAAGAGAAGCUCACCGUCAUCAAGAAGGAACUGCUGGAAGAAGCCAAGAAGAAACGCAGCAAAGACGCAGCCAUCAAGCAAGAGCUCAUCUCGUCUGCUGACGCAAUGGUGCCCAACUCGCUGGUGUGCGCUGCCACGCAAGUGGGGCACGAGAAAGACAUCAACUGCAUCUGCGUCGCUCCUAAGGACAAGCUCGUCGCCACGGCUUCAGAGGACAGAACCAUUAAGGUAUGGAGUGGAGACAGACUAUCCCUGGAAGGCACGCUGCGGGGACACAAGCGUGGCGUGUGGAGCGUCCAGUUCUCUCCUGUGGACAAACUCCUCGUCUCGAGCAGCGCUGACGGCACGCUGGCUAUUUGGCUUCUUGAAUCCAUGACGCUCGCAAAGACGUUGUCAGGCCACGAGUGCGGAGUACUGAACGUGUCAUGGCUCAACCGUGGACUGCAGCUCGUCUCGACAUCUGCGUCAGGCAUCGUGAAGAUCUGGGAGGUGAAAACAUCCACGUGCCUCGACUCGUUGUCUGCUCACGACGAGCAGCGCGUGUGGGCGGUCGAUGUGUCGCACGACGGCGAGAAGAUCGUCACUGGAGGGGAAGACUCCAAGAUCAUCGUGUGGCGAGACGUGACGCAGACGGUGCUAGCCAAGCAGGCUGAAGAGAAGCAGAGGAUUGAGAGCGAGCAGCAAACUCUCGCUAACUUGAUGCGGGAGCAACGAUGGGCUGAGGCUUUGGUUUUCACUCUGAAGCUCGACCAGCCUUUCAAUUCACUCAAGGUAAUCAAAGGCCUGCUGAGGUCCUCAGGACGUGUCGGGCUGGGCCAGGUUCUAGGUAGCCUAGAACCUCAUCACCUCGGCGCUCUCAUCAAAUUUGCCUGCAAGUGGAACACGAGAGCGGCUACGUGCACCUAUGCUCAGGAAAUCAUGUACCUGUUGUUAUCAACUCGUACUCCCGAGGAGCUGGACGAGAUUCCUUUCUGGUCGUCGAGCUUAGCAGCGUUGAGCAGCUACAGCAGCCGGCACUACAGCCGCGCUGCGUCGCUGCACCAGUCCGCCUGCGUCAUCAAUUACUGUGCGUCCCUCGUCUCUAUGACGCGGGCCGUGCAAGCUAUUGACAUCACUGACAGGCUGGGUUCCGAAGAAGAGGAAGAUAUCGACGACAUGGCCAUUCUGAACUUUCUUCAACCCAUUAAAGAAGAAAAGCCAGAGGCCAAAAAUGAUUCUUCGUCUGAUUCAUCAGAAUCUGAAGAAGAACGUGACGAUGCAAUCGGAUCUACUCUUGAUAAUAGCGAUGUUUCAAUGGCUUCUGACGAUGAAGGAACGAACGAGACUCAAAUUAAGAAGAAGAAGAAAAAGAAAUCGAAGGCCGCUCAUGUAGAAGAUUUAGACGCUGGAUAUGUACAAGAAGCGCCUGUUCAUUCGGAAGAAGAAGACAAUGCAAAUGAUAAUGGUAACGACAGCUGGGACGACGAAGGCGUUGCGAGCGAAGAAGGCUUCGAGUCUGAUGACGAUAAGGAGGAAUACAAUCGUUCUGACGAAGAUGGUUCUUUUGGCUCGUCGCGGAGCUUUCGUGGUUCUGCGUUACACCGAGUAGGCUCAGACAGAGACUCGCAGUUCAGCAAUAGAGGGAGAGGCUUCGGUGAUGAUAGAGGCUUCAGGGGAGGAUUUGGGGGAAGAUCUAGAGGACGAGGUGGGCUCAGUGAUGGAAGGGGAAGAGGUGGAUUUGGUGGAGGCAGAGGUAGAGGAGGAUUUGGUGGCGACAGAGGUAGAGGUAAAUUUUGCGGGGAAAGAGGUAGAGGAGGAUUCGGUGGAGGCAGAGGGAGAGGUGGAUUUGGAGGCAAUCGGGGAAGAGGAGGCUUUGGUGGAGAUAGAGGACGGGGUAGUCGUGGAUUUGGAAGUGACCGAGGUCGAGGAUUCCAACGUGGAAGAGGCCGAGGAAGCUCCAGACCCACUCUAAGUCUUUUUUAAAUAAAGUUUUCUGGAAAGUU